AUGGCAUUGCAAAGAUUGGUAGCUACAGCAAGGAAGCACUGUCACACAAACGACCUUCUACGAUUGUUGAAGUGGUCUGAGGUGCUAAACAGCGUCGUACUGAGCCGCGGACUUCGACCCCUGCACGUGUCCGCGGUCUCUCCAGGCAACCUGAAGGCGAUCCGCAAAGAUCGGCGGAGAAGAGCGACGGUGGCUGAGUUCGAGAAGGAGCGACUGCACCUGCGGGCGAUCCUGCGGAACAAUAUUUUGCCGGAGGUCGUCCAGAGGAGGGCGAGCGCAGAGCUGGCCUGCCAUCCUCGCGACGCGAGCAUCACAAGGGUCCGCAACCGCUGCGUGCAGACUGGCCGCGGGAGAGGCGUGGUGGGCGAGUUUGGACUCAGUCGAAUGAAGUUCAGGAAACUUGCCGACUUCGGCAUGUUAGCAGGAGUUACCCGCUCCACUUGGUGA